AUUGUUGUCUUUCUUUAAUUCUCUCUUUCUCAUUACCGUCCAUCUUGCCGCAAGAUAGGACGGAUUCUGAUUGGGGAUCGCCUGCUCGUGCGUCCCGCUGCAGUGAGUGGAUCUCUAGCUGCCUACUCGUCCUUCCCGCACAAACUAUUUAAAUUUCUCCAAAGUUUAGGGUUUGGGUUCUGGUAUCUGAUCUGUUUAUCUAGUGGAUUCAGAGCAAUUGAAGUAAAGGCUGAGCUGCCCAUCCAUGGCAGUUAAUGAAAAAACUUAUGCAGCAAAAUCAGUUAAUUGGGCAACAAUACAAUUUUGGAGACAUGCAGUAGCAGCAGCAGCAGCAGCAGCAGCAAAGAUUGCUGGGGCAACACAAUAACGAUCAAAAUCUGCAGCAGCAGCAACAGUUAAUGGCUCAGCAGCAUAACCUCUUGAUUAUGCAUCAACAGCAAUUAGGCUCUCAGCAUCAGCAACAGCAGCAUUUGCUUGGAACCCAGCCUGACAACUCAAGCAUGCAAAGUUGCAAACUAAUCAGCACUCUGUACACAUGCUGCAACAGCCCAAGGUUCCAUGGCUGCAGGAAACUGCAACUAAUUUGUUGCCAACUCAAGGCCAGCAGUCACAAUCACAGCUUCCACAGCAGCAAUUGAUGUCACAGAUUCAAUCACUGCCGACACAAUUUCAACAACAGCUGGAUUUGCAAGAGCAGUCUAAUCCAUUGCAACAAGAUCUGCUGCCAAGGCUCCAAGCAUCAAGUCAAGCACCAGCUUCCUUGCUUCAACAGCAGAUUGUAAUUGAUCAACAAAAGCAAUUGUAUCAAUCACAAAGGCCUCUCCCAGAGACAUCAUCAACAUCUCUUCAUUUGACAGCACAAACCAUACAUGCAAACAGAGGUGAUUGGCAAGAGGAAGUUUACCAAAAGGAUAAUGUGGCCAAUCCAGUGCAAUCCAACUCUAGUGUCUGUAGCAAUGAACUCCAGGUUCAGCAGAAUCGGAUGGAUCCCAAUGAUUGGAGAGUUCACUGGCGGCCUGAUUCGCGUGAAGGAAUUAUCAACAAGAUAAUAGAGACACUAAAGAGGCAUGUUUUAUUUUCUGGUGAAGAGGGACUGCUAGAACUGAAGAAAAUUGCUGAAAGGUUUGAGGAAAAGAUUUAUGUGCAUGCUAUAAUCAAGUCUGGUUAUGAGCGGAAAAUAAGUUUUAAGAUGCUUACAAUGGAGAUCAAGCCAAAAAAAUAGUGUGCCCAAUUAAUCCCUGGUUCAGGAGGUAAGUUCAUUAAAGAGCAUUGCAUUUUACAUUAAAUCCAUUCCAUUGCAGUCCUCACUUUUUGUGCUUUUCAACUUCAAUGGUGGAUGGGUGGAUUGGUUUCAUGAGAGUAGCUGUAUGGGCAGCAUAUCUUGCAGCAGAAAUUAUCCGAGUAUUAUGGUUCAGGACUUGCUGCCAAUUUGAGCCAUCAUGAUGUAGAACUAGAAGUUGAUGCACGAACAUCAUUGUCGAUGUUUUUGUGCAAGGACAAAAACAAAAUCAAAUUUUCACGUGUGUUUCAACUGCUAAUUGA